GAGAGAGAGUUUGCAGUAUCUUCAUUCUGACACAUACACUUGACGUUGUAACAUUACAUGCAUCACGUCUUACUUACAAGUGUCGUGUGUUAACAAUACCAGCCUUCCCUCUCUCCCAAAUCAUUCACCACUUCUUUUCCUUGAGGUGUGGAGUAAGGUAGUCGCGCUGGAUUCCUCAAAGGAAAAUUUCUUCUCAGUUUUCAAGCGUAGGAUGUGGAUUACGGGGAAGGUUGACCAGACCUCGCAUAAAGAACAGAUAUUCACCGAUUUGUACAAUGAGUGUCGAAAUAUUGCCCCCGGGGCUAGACUGUCCUACAUGCUGCGGACCAGGCUAGAGAGGUUCCAGAGAGAGGAUAGAAAAGAAAUAGUGACCAGAACUAGAGAUGGUUGUGCGCCUCUCUUUGUUGCAUGCAAGAGAGGCAAUGUUGAAGUAGUGGAUUAUCUUAUAACUACGUGUAGUGCAGAUGCUGAGCAGCGGGGACUUUAUGAAGUGCCAGAUGAUAGAUCCAUUCAUAAUGUAACACCUCUUUGGUGUGCUUCUGUUGCUGGCCGUUUGCCUGUUGUUAAAUGUUUAGUGCAACAUGGUGCUGAUGUUAACAGUGUAUCAGAUACUGGGUCAACCCCAGUCCGCAGCGCCUGCUUCAUGACACAUCAUGAUAUUGUCACUUACCUGGUGGAAAAUGGUGCAAAUAUUUCUAAACCCAAUUAUAAUGGUGGUACAUGUUUGAUUAAUUCUGUCCAGAGUGUCAAGUUGUGUGAAUACCUGCUUAAACAUGAUGCUGAUGUCAAUGCACAAGAUAUUCAGAACAAAACAGCCUUACACUAUGCCAUUCAAGAACAUCGUUUUGAGACCACAAAGUUACUGCUGGACCAUGGAGCAAAUCCACACCUGACCAGUAGAUACCAUGAUGAUGCACUUCAGACUGCUUGCAUCAAGGGUGCCUGUCAGAUCUUUGAGUAUUUAAUCAAUGUUGUUUCUUAUAACCCAGGCCGGAUAGCAAAUGGGUAUGAGCUACUUGGUACGACUUUUUUGGAUGAACAUCAUGAUAUCCAGGCUGCUCUACAGUACUGGAGAAAAGCCACAUGUAUUCGUCAGGCAUCUGGGGCUUUGAAAGAAAUAUUGCCUGCAAGACGCAAUUACCAGUAUUCUUUAGAAUUCAAAACUUCAGAAGAGCUAGAAGUUAUUGCUAUCGAUUUGAAUGGCAUGCGAACACAAAGUUUAUUAAUUUGUGAACGUAUAUUGGGAACAACCCAUAAGGACAUGAUAUUUAGAUUAAUGUAUCGAGGGGCAGCAUAUGCAGAUUCUCUUCAAUAUCAAAAUUGUAUUGACCUGUGGCUAUAUGCCCUGGAGCUUAGAAUUCAGAGAGAUACAAUACUUUUUAAUGAAACCUGUUUCACAGCCCAAGCAUUAGUUCGAUUAUAUUUAGACAUGAUUGACAAACACGGAGCAGGAGUGAUGCAGAAUACAGUCAGUUUUGAUGAUGCAUACUGUACCCUAGAGCUGCUUGCAGACCAGCUUCCGAAGUGCAUGGCUCUUCUCCGAAUUCAACCUGUUCAUAAAAAACACCAAAGCAACUUUGAUCAUAUGUUGAAAGUUUUAACACACAUGCUUUUUGUGGUGCUUCAUAUCCCAAGAACAGAUGAUCAACAAGAUAAAGUGACAUCUCUUGUAAAUGGCAUUCUUCGCUUGGACCCUAGAACGUGUCAGGGAGGUCAUUCUCUCCUUCAUCUUGCAGCUAUGAAAACGAAUGUGUUAAAUAAUCACUCAUUAUUAGAAGAUGAACAUAUGACCCCAUUCCCCUCUGCUGGGGUCGUAUCCUUCCUACUGGCAUGUGGUGCUCCAGUAAAUGCAACAAAUGACAAAGGCUCAUCUCCAUUAUUCAUGGCAUCACAGGAUAUUCUCUUCAAGGAGGAGAUUGUGGAGGUGUUGCUGAAGGCCGGGGGACAUGUGGACCAAGUAACAGCAUUUGGAGAGAGGCCUAGCAAGAAUCUCAGGCUUAAUCCUAAGUGUCAGAUCAGCAUUCUAAACUACACAUCUCUCAAAUGUUUGGCAGCAAGAGUUAUUCAAGAGCAUAAAAUUCCCUACAUUGGAGAAGUUCCCACCCACCUCGAGUCAUUCAUCAAGAUGCAUUAAAGGUACACAGUGGUAAACACUAUAUUCAAAACAU